AAUGUAGUAUUUGGUUGCAGCAUCAUAAAUUCAUAUACAAAUAGAGAUGGUCAUUUGAAGAAAGAAACAUCCAAAGUUGAAGAAAGAUUGAAGAAUACACCACAAUCAUUUCUUCUUUUUAGUUUCGUUGGAGAAACAUGGCAACUACUGCGCUUCCCAAGUUUGUUGUGCUCAACGUCCCAAAAGCUGCUACAAACACUUAUGUAUACCGCAAGGACGACGGCUCCGUCGUUGCUGGAAACGACGACAUGUUCAGCCCGCUCGUCAAGAUUGAAAUCGAGCGAGCAGCAGUCGACAACAAACACGUUCACCUCCGAUUUUCUUACAACAACAAAUAUUGGCAAAAAAGCACAGACGAUAACUCCAUCGUCGCCGUGUCAAACAAGCCCGACGAGGACAAGACGAAGCCGUCAUGCACGCUCUUCGAGUCGAGCCUGCAAUCGGGUGUGCUCUACUUCACCCACGCCCAGACCGGCUGGCGCGUGAUGAUGAACAACUCCUCUAGUGCUCUCUAUGUAGACCAAAACAGUGUCGGCGCGCCUCUAGGGUUUGUGGAUUGGGACACAUUGGUCAAACUGCCUGAGCGCGUCGCUUUCAAAGGAAGCAACGGGAAAUACCUCAAAGCGUAUUAUGAUGACCACAACUACCUCCAGUUUGCAUCUGACGAUCCAAACGACACCUUAUCGAGCUACCAGGUGUCGCUGAUGCGCGACGGCCAUGUCCGGAUAAAGUCCGAUCACUGGGGUUUGUUCUGGCGGCGGAGCCCUAAUUGGAUUUGGGCGGAUUCCGGAGACAUCACGGCCAACAACAAAGACACUCUCUUCUGGCCAAUCAAAAUCGAAGGAAGUACGAUCGCCCUCAGAAACGCCGGCAACAACAACUUCUGCAAGCGCCUCAGCGACGAUGGGAUGGACAAUUGCCUUAAUGCGGCGGUGUCCAGCUUGACGAACGAGACAAGAUUGCAAGUGCAGGAGCUAGUGAUGGAGAGGAAGAUCUACAACGUGAGGUAUCGGAUGGAGGACGCCAGGAUAUUCGGGGAGACGCCAUACGCGGCCGGCACCACCACCGCCACCAACUACGAAGACAAGGAAGGCUCAGUCUCUGUUGAGAUCAAGUAUACAAAUGAAACAUCUUAUUCUUUCAGCCGCAGCGUGUCUAUAACUGUGGGGGUGACUAGCACAAUCACGGCAGGGAUCCCCGGCAUUGGGGAGGAAAGCAUUGAGAUCAUGAGUCAGAUCAAUACGGCGCUCGAGUGGAACAACACAACAACUAAUUCAGUAGAGAUCACGGCGACGGGAUGGGUUCCUGUGCCGGCGAGGAGUGUAGCUGUGGUUCAUUAUGUGGGGACGAAGGGCACAUGUGAUGUUCCCUUCUCCUACACUCAGCAGGAUAGGAGUUCGACCGAUGGCAAAAUCACAGAGACUGAUCAGAUUGAUGGUGUUUUCACCGGUGUCAAUGCUUACAACUUCAGCUUCAUUGUCGAAAAAUCUGAGCCUCUCUAAGUAAGACUAGACACCUGUGUGUUUGUUGUCUUCAUCUUGGUUUGGAUUUCUUUAUCCUACUUGUGCUAGUUUGUUGUUGUGUGUGAAACUAGGAGAGGGUCCAAGUUGGUUUUAUGUGUGUCAUAGUGGAUUUAGGUGGGGAGACUACGACAACCUUCUUCACUGUGUCUGAUCCCUUGUGUUCCGUUUCCCAGAUCAGCCAUUGAUGUGUGUGAUCACGUGUGAUGAUAAUAAGUGAUGUAUUGAUUGUGUGGGGCCCAUAGGCCGAGGACGGGCUAUGAGCUUUUCAAUAAAGAAAUCUUUUAUUUGUGUGUUUUCA